AUGGCGGCAGUCCGCGCUUUUGCACUGUCGUGGCUCCUGUUGCGUGUCGAUUUGAGCAGGUCGCAGAGAGACCGUGAGGCAUGGCUACCAGAGACGCAGCUUGAACGGGAAGGCCGUGAGUCGUGCAUGAGGCGCUUCAGAAGCACGGACUUCUCGCAGCAAGGGUUCCAAUCCGAAUGGCUCAAUCCAUACAACAGAUCCGCUUUCAUCGACUGUCUCUACAAGUUGCGGACACGGUGGCGACCGAGAGAGAAAUCCGUCCAUGCAGGAGGCAUCCACUACCCAACUUUGAUAACAGCUCAUCAUACAUGGCCUCCGGUCUCAACCAGCGGUGCGCGGCUGUGUUGGCUGGAUGAGUUGGGAGUCAGUCGAAACAGCAUAGAUCCCGGGCAGUGCUGCGACACGAUGCACGGCCCGCGGGGCUUCGAAGAAUGCUGGGACGACUACUUCACCUACGAGCUUUGCUGCUUGGGCGAUGUCAAUGUGGCGGAGAUGCCACACUUCUUUGUGGCGCCGGCAUUCGACAUCAACGUUGGCAAUUCUGUGCGUCAGCUUGGAACCUUCGACUUGGGCCAAUCGUACGCUUUGCAGACGCUAUGUCGGACAGGGGAUGCCGUCAUCGAUGUUGGUGCCAACGUUGGUGGGUUCACCGUUCCAUUAGCUGAGCGUGUCGGCCCUGACGGUGAAGUGCAUGCCUUCGAGCCUUUCCGCAAGGUGUUCCAGCACCUGAAUGCAAACGUCGCUUUGAACGGGCUGAGCAAUGUCUACACAUACAACGUCGCUCUGGGGACAAAGGAAGAGGAGGUCGCUGCUUUUGUGCCCGACCUCACAAGCUUCAAUUGCCCAUCUGCUAUACGAGUUCUCGACCAGUUCGGACCCGACAAGGCAGCCAAAGAAGCCAAUCUCCGAUACGAACCACGUCAGGAGACUUUGACAGUCCGCCCUUUGGACAACUUCAAGUUCGAAAGACGCAUCAGUUUGAUAAAAAUCGAUGUUGAGUUUAUGGAAUGGCAUGUGGUGCGUGGGGCCCGCCAGACCAUAAAAAAGAAUCUGCCGCUGAUAUGGGUCGAGAACGAGGCUUACUUCGACGAUCCAGCAAAUCUGACUUUCGUCAACACCAUGUACUCCGAUCUGGGUUACGUCUGUAGUCCUGUAGCAAGGUUGGAGUUGCUCUGCAGCCCUGGAAAGGAAUCGGGCGGUCAGCUAGUUGCGGAUGAGUCUCUGUUGCCAGCAGGCUUCAAAAGAGUCUUCCGUCAUCUGAGUGGCGAGUUCAAAGAUGUUCAUCUUUGGCGAGCACUUUCAGAGGCCGAGGAGUCGACAGUGAUGGCCAUGGCGGCAGAGGAGCGGAGCGAGCGCGGCCUGCAAGUGACCAGGGGCUCCCCGCCACGGGCCUCCACCGUGCGAGUGCUGCGGCAAAGCCCCGCAGCAGAAGAUGUGCUGGUGCGGGUGCAGGUGGCGGCACUAACACCCACGGAUGUUCUUCUUUGUCAGCGCGCCCUCAUUGUGUCCAAAGCUGACCAGUCGGACGCAGCAACCUUUGUUCCCGGAACAUUUUUUGCCGGGAAGGUCUUAGCCUUCGGCGACUUGGUUCAAGGUCUUCGCAUAGGCGAGCUUGUCCUUGGCAUCGUGGAUCCCUCCUUCCAGGUCUUGCGCGGCAGCUCCCAGGAAGUUCGCUUCGAGUCGGCGUCGGAAGAGGGCGGAUGCUAUCGCGAAACCGUCAGUGCUCACUUCUCGAUGUUGCUUCCCUUGGAUGGCGUCGACCCCAAGCUACCUCUCACUGCGCUCGUGGCCCACGUACCACCCAUGAUCAGUGCCUUGAUGUGCAUGGCCUCGUUGCGAUUGAGGCCAAUGGAGGCUCUGUUGCUGAUCGCACCAUCUCUGGACGAGAUCGCCUUCCUACUGCAGCGUUUGCUGAUCAGUGCAUGGCAUGGGCCCCUGUACAUGGUCCUCCUCUCGGGCCCUGCACCCUCGCGCCAAGAUCUUCAGCAGCACCCCCUGCUGCAGCCACUGGUGCCUUCGGCAGGCAGAAGCUUUCUUGAUGACAUGCUGAGCAUUUCCAUCCAGGACCGCCUCGAGGGCUUGACCCAAGCCCGGGCGCAGCUGGCAGUGGUGUUGGCGGAGAUCGUCGCGGAGGUUCUGACAAGCACCGGCGGGCUUGGUGUGGAGGCUGUUCUCGCUUUGGACGUGGACCUGUGCCCUGACAAGGACUUGGUUCCUGAGCAGUCCACGGACCUGGAUGCUGCAUGUGUGGCUCUGGAGCCCUGUGAUCGACCACCUGCGGUGCUCCGAACGCUUGUUGGAGCACUUGCGAUGAGGGGCCGGUUGCUGACGAACUGUGAGAGGUUUGAGCUUUCGCCAGAUGAUGGCCAUCACCUCUGGGCAAAAGAGUGCUCUGUGGCUUUCGUGAACCCACAUUGCUUGCCACUCUCGGGAAGCCGUCAGGGUGAGCUGCUGCAUGCAGCUAUUGAGAUUUGCGGGAAGAUUGCAGCAGGUGAGCUUGCUGUUGCCGAAUCAGAGGUUGCUCAAUUCUAUCUUUUUGAUCAAUUCCAACAAGCCCUGGAUGUCAUGAGCGCCAAGCGAGAGCAGCGCGGCGUCCGGAAGUACAGCAGUGUUGGCGCAGGCAAUCGGAGCGCAUUGCUGGUGGCAUUGGUUCUUUAA